AUGGCUGAACACCUCUACGCCAAGCUGCCACUUGAGAGGCUUCCUGUACGACUGCAACGCCUGCUGCAGACACCAGUACCGAGGUCGUGGAUCCUGCCAGCAACACUUACAUGGUUACUCGGCUUGGCACCACUCGCUUGGUUCGUGUAUAAGAGAACCUCACGUGGCGUCAGCAAGAAGAAAGACGCGACUACCACCGACCCGGGCCUGCUGGUCAAGGGCACACGCUUCGAGCAGUACCAGACACCAUCUGGUCAUGUUUACCCGAAGAUACGCACAUUCUACCAUGAACAUCAAAAGAAAGCGAACCUGCCAGCUGAUCUUCCACUACUAGUCUUCAUGCAUGGGCUUGGGGGUUCAGCUGCUCAAUUCGCACCACUCUUAACAUCACUCGUCAACAUCGCACCAUGUCUGGCAAUCGACCUGCCUGGAUGCGGUCGGUCGGAGUUCUUGCCGAAGGAGAAUGAAGCAUACACUACCACUGCUCUCGCAGAGCUUCUGUUCGCAGCCAUCGAUCGUUUCCGUAACAAGGAUUGUAAUCAGAAGGUCGUACUCGUUGGGCACAGCAUGGGUUGUUCAAUCUCUGCACUUCUCGCUUCAAAUACAUCACCACUUGCACAUUUGUGCUCCGAGCAUGUUCUCGGCAUGAUAGCACUUUGUCCACGUUCGUCCACCAUCACUAAGCACGAACUUCAGAACAUCCAGUAUUUAAACUGGAUCUGGUCGCCACUCUUCGACCUCGUUCGACUACACGACCGCCGAGGUGGCGUUGAUAGUAGGAGUGUUUUGCGAGUUGUUGGCGAGCAUGCUGACUCUGAAACCAAGCGACUUCAGUUGCGAUUCAACGAACAGUCCAGCUCAGCGGUGUUCCAGAAAGUAUUACUCGGAAUCUAUUUGCAGGAGAAGAAGACUGCAGAGAAAGGAGAAGAGUCGUUACUUGGUAAGAGGGUCUGGAGUGGCAUGAAGGUACCUUUGUUCCUGGUGGCUGCGAAGAAAGAUGCACUCGCGCCGCCGGAGAACGUGGAGCUCAUCACAGACUGGCUGACGGAAGAGACGAAGAGACAAGACAGUGCUGGUGGCCAACAAGACUAUGCCGAUACUGAGAACGAAGACCCCAUGAAGGAUGCUCAUCUGCCAGGAGAUAAAGCGGUGGAAGACAGUGCCGACAUCGAAGAGGUUGCUCCCGAUCAGCUCGGAGACUUACAAGAAUCACAGCAACCAAAGCAGACUUCGAUCAUACCUGCCGUAGCGGGCGAUGUCGAUCUUGCUGCCAGAAGACUCAGCAGUAACAAGCAUGAGCAACCGUAUCUGACAACAGAGAGCCACACCAUUGAGGAAGCACAGACAGAAUCAAAGCACGCGUUUGCGCUUAAGACGACCGUCUUUCCGCAAUCUUCCCAUGGUUUGCUAUACGCAUCAAAGGAUGUUCGGAUCCUUGCGUCCCUUAUAGAGGGGUUCUUGGCUAAGUACGUCGACGAACGCCUCGCUCCGUCCUGGCAACUGCGACACCUCAUGUCUACCGACAAAUGGGACGUCAAGAACUUGGCCAAAUGGCAGAAAGUCCAGAACUGCUCAGAACCCAUCGGCGGUGUCUUUCGUGCCAUGAAGACGAUGCGAGAAAUCGACGAGGCUCACAACCCACGCGAGUUUGUCAAGAAGUACAGCUACAGGAUUCGCCCGGAUGGUGUGGCUAUGGUAAUCGACAUCAGCCACGACACGCCUGUCUACGACAAGAAGGGUCUGGAAGACAAUGGAGUGGAGUACCACAAAUUCCCAACAGUAUCGAAGGAGCCGCCGACUGAAGACGAGGUGGAGCAGUUCGUCGGGCUUGUCGACAGUUUACGCGCAUCGCCCAAAAUUGCUGGAGCUGGGUCUGACACCCAGCCGACUGUUGGAGUACACUGCCACUACGGUUUUAAUCGAACUGGUUACUUUAUUUGCUGCUACCUGGUCGAGCGCGUGGGCUGGAAGCUGGAAGCAGCACUCAAGGAAUUCGCGGAGAAGAGAGCGCCUGGAAUUAAGCACGAUUGGUUUAUCAAUACCCUUUACGCGAGAUAUGAAGCGCGUAUUGAGCGGCGCGGUACUAUUGUAGGAUGA